GCCAGCGUGAGAGAGUGAGAGUGAAGCUCAGCAGCAGCGAGAGAGUGCUGCUGCAGUACCUACAUACCUGGGAUUAUGUUGAUGCGAAACGAACAAACAAAUUGAACCAAUUAAAAAUCGAAAUAAUAAUCGAAAAUAAAUCGAAACGAACAAAUUCGCGUAAAGUGCUAUCGAAAGAUGAAAGAGAUCUGAGGAAAGGAGGGACGGAAGGAGCUCCACCAUGAUUGCCACGCUCUUCAUCAUCUUUGCAUUUAUACGCGCCUUUCCCUGGAAUCGUCGUCGACAGCCCCUGGCCCUGACCCUGGCCCCAGCCGAAGGAUUGGACCAGCAGGAGGAGCAGCAGCAGCAGCAGCAGCAGGAGCAUACCCUGGACAACAACAAUCGGCCGCGUCCCUCGAUCUCGAUGGGAGCUGGGAGUGGAGAGGGUGUGCCCCGGGCACGACGCAAGUCCUCCAAGUUCCACGAAGUCACCUUCAGCGGCAGCGUCGGCGGAGGCGAAAGCGAUGGCGAUGGGGAGGCUGGCCCUGCCACGGCCACGGCCACGGAUAUUCAAAUGCCUGGAAAUGGAAGUGGAGCCCUCGCCGAAGCCGUGCAAGGGGGCAGCAAGCGGCACUCACUGAGCACCACCAGCAACUCCAGCUCGGCCCCGUACCGCCAUCUGAGCACCACCGGGACCGGGACGAGCAGCAGGUCGCGGGGCUCGAGGGACUACCACGAGUACUACCAGCUGCAGCAGCAGCAGCAGCACUCGUCCUCCCUCUCCAACGGGGGACGGCGGGCGGGUCUCAGCCAGCGCAGCGACACCAUGGCCACGGAGGCCGAGGCCGAGGAGUUCGAGGAGGACGAGGAGCGGCCGCCGUUGGACGACGACGAGGACGAGACGUACGAUCGCGAGACCGAGGAGUUCUACAGCAACAUUCAGGAUGCCACCGGACCGGGUGGCAGCUGCAGCCGCAGAAAGCGCUCCUCGCUGUUCUCCCGCUCGGACAGUUCGGCCACCACCACCUCGUCGAGUGGCGGGGGCACCUUCACCGGCGCCGGGGCGGGGGCGGGGGCCGGCGGGAAGCGCCGUUCGGCUGCCUCCAUCAUGUCCUCGUCCGUGUCCUCGGAUGUGAUGACCAGCGAUCGGCGCAGCUCCACCACGACGGAGAACAGCAUACGCUCGGUGAACGCCGCCGGCGGAGGGCCCGGACCGAGUGGCACCCAGCAGCGGCGCUCGAGCGGUCGCAUCCGACGCUACGUCUCCCGCAUGACCAUCGCGGGAGCCAGGCGACGGACCACCGGCAGUUUCGAUGUAGAAAAUGGCCAGGGCGCUCGAUCACCGCUUGAGGGCGGUUCACCCAGCGCUGGUUUGGUUCUACAGAAUUUACCACAACGUCGCGAAUCAUUUCUAUACCGCUCCGACUCCGACUUUGAGAUGUCACCCAAGUCCAUGUCCAGAAAUUCAAGCAUCGCUAGCGAAAGGUAA